GGGUUAAGACAGAUCCGCGCUCGUUCCGCCCGACUUUCUUACGCGUGUUAUUGGAGAAAUUGCGUUUAACUGAAGAUUCGGGUUUUACUCGACUUCUGUCGCUCACUGCUGGGUAUAUGCAUGGUUGUGCGUUCUUGCAGCCGGCGAUGGUUCCUGUUUUUUGUUUUGUUUUGUUUUUUCCUGGUUAAAAGUCACGUUGUUUGAGCAGUUGGCACAGCUUUCUCCAACAACCUCUUGCUCGUUAAUGGAGUUCCGGCAGGGCAGCGGUGAUUACUGCCACGCCCAACAUUGCAACGCUUGAACUCAGGUGGAUUCGCCUGGAUCCACCCCUGGAUGUCCAGAGAAAUGCCUUCCCUGCUUUCUCUUUCUGGUCUUUUUGACUGACCACCUCUCUGUGCGCCAAAUGGGUUAACUAGCAUCGCUGCACCUGGCAUUUGGCUACCGGACACUGUUCCACAUGUCUAGUUGCCCCUCAGAGUGCCCCUAACAAGCAAAAGAGGCAGAAUUGUUAGAAGAAGAUUCUUGUGGCCUACAAAAUCCCAGGCAGCUGUAUUUUUUGUGAACUGAUUAAUAGUUUAUAUACAUUUAUCAGAGGAUCCUGUGAAUCCCUGAUAUUUUUCACUGUGAUAGUGCAUCUGCUGUAACACUGCUCUGUAGACCAGAGUAGUGCAGUACUGUGAGUGAACUGCUGAGGAUCCUGGCCCAGAUUGGGUGUUUGGUUUUCUGCAGAGUACAGGGACACCAGCAUGGUCAGGAUGAACCGGCCGGCUCCUGUUGAGGUCUGCUAUAAAAACAUGCGCUUCCUGAUUACGCACAACCCCACCAACGCAACAUUAAGCAGCUUCAUAGAGGAUUUGAAGACAUAUGGGGCAACAACAGUGGUGCGUGUAUGUGAAAUUACCUAUGAUAAGACACCACUGGAGAAGGAUGGAAUUACCGUCAUGGACUGGCCAUUUGAUGAUGGUGCACCACCUCCCACGAAGAUCGUGGAUGACUGGCUCAGUCUUCUGAGGAAUAAGUUCUGUGAGGAUCCAGGGUGCUGUGUGGCUGUGCACUGUGUGGCUGGCCUGGGACGGAAACGCCGAGGCGCCAUAAACAGCAAGCAACUGACAUACCUGGAGAAGUACCGCCCCAAACAGAGACUGCGUUUCAAAGACCCACAUAACCACAAAAGCAAGUGCUGCCUCAUGUGAUUCAGUCUCACCAGCCUGCCACUGAACAACCAUUCACUUAUGGACUAAACCAGACUGAAAUUACCAAUCCAGUGCAUUUGAACUCUUGUUACUUUUCAGGAGGGGAAUUUAACCCCCUUUGGUGUAUAUGUAUAUAGGAGACCCCUUCACACAGGGUCUUAACCAGCUCAGGGCUGUGAAAGAUGAGCCUCUUGAAUUUUGUCUUUACACAAAAACCCCCAUCGUAAGUGUUUUCACAAAUAUAUUGUGAACAACCACACAUACACUUAUGCAUACUCUUCUACACACUCACAGCCAUCAUUCUGUACCAACAGCACACAGUCCAAAGAUGAUCAUGGCCAGCCACCUGCUCCUCUGGCAUGGUGAACCACAAUGAGGUCAUAGAACAAAAUCACUGUUUGUGACUACCUAAUAUCUCUCCCUUUUAUAAUUAAGGAGUUUCAGAAUGCACGUCACUCCAGUGAAUCACUACCAUACAUUUUCUUUGGGAUUAGAGUUUUACACAACUGGCUGCUUACUGAUAGAACUGUGGGAGCUGGAUUGAUUACAUAGCACACAUUCAUGUUGUUACAAAAUUUUGGGAUGUUUUAGCUGCCUUUGAGAUGUUUUGAGGGCAAAGUGAAUGUCAGAACUCUUUGUGAUCUUGUUCAUCCCCUAGCUUUGCUCAUAGAAAAGUCCAGCUAAUCUGAUACAUUAAGUGUCCCAGAAUAGCAACAAUGAACUGAGGAAUAUGUGCUUAAUUUAAUAUAUCCACAAGAGUGAGUUGUUACACUACAUUCAAAGUAAUAAUCCAGAAUUGCAGAGCCAUGACAAAUUGUGUAAUGGUUAUUUAUGGGGGGGUUGUGCACACUCUUGGCUGUUUUUCGCUUGACAAUGUUGUACUAUGGACACUGAAGGAUUUUAAAAUCAAUUAAAUGUAAGAGCAGGCCUUAAAGGGAUAGUUCCCCCCAAAAAGUAUUGAUUCAUGAUUUACUCACCCUCAUGUUGUUGCAAACCCCGUAUUACUUUUUUUUUAUCCAUGGAACACAAAAGGAGAUGUUAGGCACAAUGUUAGUCUUAGGCAAGGACUAAAAACAAGAUGCUUUUCAUUUUGGUUCGUUCUGAGCAAAAACAUUAUUUUUUCAUUCCAGUUGAGGUUCUGCAGCCUUACUGGUUAGAAAUAAAUGAAAUUAAUGGUUAAUAAUGCUCUUUUAAAAUGACAGUGCUCUGCGGUAAGGGGUGGGUGAAAUACUAAUAGUAGUGUUGCCAGAUCUUCAGGAGAAACAAGCAACAUGGUCUGAAAAAAAAAACAAACCCAAAAUGUGCCACUUGCCUCACCAAAAUAAUCUAAAAUAAGCUUAAAAACAAAAACAAUUCGCUUUGUGGUGGAUUUAUUGGCAUAGAAAAUUAUAAGCAGUUAAUUAACAGUUAAGUAUAAUUGUAUUUUAUACAGAUCUGUAUCUCAGUCAAAUCUGUAUUAAUGCAUCAUAUCUAACAAUAAUUCAGUGAAGACAUGGAAACAACUGAGAAAUGUUCUUUUUCCACUAACCGUGCACAUAUAUGUAGUAAUUAUACAUAGUUGUUAAAAUGUUCAUUUUUUGGGCAAUAUGAAGUGGUGUAAUUCCAGAACCCUUUGGCCUUUUAGUUUAAUUUAAAAAUGAUCGGAACAAUAAUAACUGCUUAUAACCGGUUACCAGCAUUUAAAAAUAAAGUUUGCACUCUGGAACAAUUGAAAAUCACUUUGUUCCAGUUUUCAGUUACGUUCUAUACAAAAUGUAUUUCAUUUUCGUUCCUUGAACCGUUUUUAGUCCCUGGUCUUAGGUACUAUUCACAUUCAUUGCAUCUUUUUUCUUACAAUGCAAGUUGAUGGUGAGUGAGGCUGCCAUUCUUCUAAACAUCUCCUUUUGUGUGUGCCACAGAAGAUAGUCAUAAGGGUUUGGAACAACUUAAGGGUGAGUGAUGACAGCAUUUAAAUUUUUGAGUGAACUAUCCCUUUAGUCCAUUUUUUUUUUUUUUCAGAAUGAGAAAUGAAAAGGGAUCACAGGAUCUCUGUUGAAUUAGUGGUCCUGUAGACACCAGGGAAGCUAGUGUGUAAAUGAAUGUGUACUCUAACACAUGCUUCAACUAUAUGAUCAUUAAUCUGCUUCCUCUUAAUGUCAAAUUCAUUUGGAUAUGAAUGGUUAGUAUUCUAAAUGUGGCAUCUAUUGCGUUUGACCCUAGGUCUGGAUAAUGUCACAUUUCUCUGCAAAUCAGAUUGCUCAGUGAAGCAAAUAUUAAAGACAUUUCCAAUAAAAGUGUAUCUGCAAUUAUAUCCAGAAGAAGGACUAUGGUGAGCAUAAGCAAAUACCACUGCACCUACAUUUUCAUUCUGCAUUUUAAGGAAUAGUACGUUUAGCUUAAGUUUGAUAAAUACAGUACAUUCAUUUAUCCUCCAAUAUUCCUCUACAAAAUUAAUUACAUGAGCCAUUGUUAUUUUUUUCGAAACUCGCUGUAAUAGAGAUCAGGUCUUAAGUUUACACCUCUGACCUUGCUAACUAGACACAAUUUUGAUACUUGAGGAAGUUAUGUCAAGCAGGAUUAAGCUGCACUGACAAAGUAGCUAGCUUUCAUGACGCUUAUUUUAAUAAUCUAGCCUCUGGAUUUAGUAGUCUCCAUGUUUAUUUUAAAAUUUUUAUGAGAGAGAUCUUUAAGUCUAGUCAUGUCGAAAGUGGAUUUAUAGUUAAAAAUAAAUAAAGCAGCCUUAUGUUGCUCUCAUAUAAGGGCUUUUCUCCAAUAUGUACAGAGAUAGUCUUUCUCAUAGGCAGGGAAUUUCAUUCAUUUGGUGGUUUUGAUCUUUUGUACAACUCCACCUGUUUGGGUGUUUGCCUUUGUGAACCUGACAUAAUCAUGUAAUGUUAAGAGUUAACCUUGACACAUGAAAAUGAGAUACAUCAGCAAAAAAUAAAAAUAAAUAAA